CAGAAAUGUCAACUGCCAGUUUAACGUAGAAAAUAAAACGUGCGGUAUCGGGGAACAAAUACUACAAAACAGUACUUUAAUUUUGCAGUACUUAUUUUUUAGACUGAUUUGCGCAGGCGUUUGUGUCAAAAUAGCGCAAACUAUAAUACUGCAUGAACGUAUUGGCCGACCAAUAACUCUCUAUUGUCUUGUCUUUAUCAGCUUGUCUUUAUCUAUGUUUAUCAGUCUUUAUCUAUGUACGAAGUGAGCAGCAUCAAAUUGAAGGUUAGAGUGUAUGUGCUUGAUUUCGAAGUAGUUUUCGAUGUGCGCGUAAUUAUUCAACUAUUGUCAUUGCAAUCGUAAAUAUCUGUACUCUGAAUGUUUUGCUUGUUGUCUGCGACCGAGACGGAGCCCAACGAGAAGAGAUUCAGAUAACAGUGGAUUUGCCGUGAAAGCCGGACAAGUUAAAUGAGUAAAACAGGACAGCCAAUACCGAUUAGCAAAUACAACAUAUUAUGGGGCCCUCAAUACCUUCAGCGGUGGCAAAAGGUCUGUACGACAGUGUCAGGGGUAUGGUAGCAAUUUUCUACUUGGAUAAGGAGAUCAAUGAACGCGCACAGAAAAGGAGCACGUUUCCCUCCACGAUCAGACAAAGGCAGUCCCCAAGUAUUUGCCCACCUAGAAAAGCGAAAACCAAUGAUGGUUCCAAAAUUGUCCAGAAUCUACUGCAAUGUGCACUUCUGAAUGGCGGAGUUUAUCUGCUCAGUGUUCUGAUAUUUGAAUAUAUUCUAUUGCCCGGCAUAGGAUUCAUGUUCAUCUGUCUGUUUAGUGAGGAUUCAUUUGUAACUGCAAAAGUAUGGUCUUGGGUUAAGGACCUCAUGGUGGUCAUUUUUCAAACCGCUUGGCUCGUGCCAUUGUUUCUGUUGAGCAAAAUUAUCAACACGCUCUGGUUCCAGGAUAUAGCGAAUUCAGCUUUCCGGCACACCCGAGGGCGCCCAGUGCCAUUCCCGAGCAGGGCAAUGUAUUUUGCAGAUUCGGUUUUCAGCGCAGUGGUUCAGAGUCUCUUCUUAUUACAAGCCACGUUGACAAGCUAUAUUAUUCCGAUAUAUCCAUUAGGACAGGCGUUAUACACAGUUCAAAUGGCAUUGCUGUAUUCGCUCUAUUCUUUUGAGUAUAAAUGGUUCAAUCUGGGUUGGGUAUUGGAUAAAAGACUGUCGUUUUUAGAAGAAAACAUGCCAUAUUUUAUCGGGUUUGGACUACCUCUGGCAUUGCUAACACAAAUUUCCAACUCCUGGCUUAUUAAUGGCUGUGUAUUUUCCAUAAUAUUUCCUCUGUUUAUCAUUAGUGGCAAUCAAGCAACCCCAGCGCUAACAGGCAGAACUUUUAAUCUUCAUCUCUUCGCGCUUGCUAUGGCGGCGACAAAUAUCAUUUUUUUCAAAACAAUUCGACAUUCAAUGAAAAAUGUAAAACCUGCUGUCCCAGUUUCAUAAGUGUCAAAUAGAGAUAGUUACGUUACCUUUAGUUAUAACUUUUUUACUUUGAAACGUGAUAUUUGUAUUUGCCCAAACAAUAAAUGUGUAAUAUACCUACUUUUGUCUAAAAUGCUUGAACAGUUA